AUGGUUAGAGAAAUAGGAAAUUGUAAUGAAAUAAGUAUUAUUAAACCAUAUCAACAACAACAUCAACAAAAUAAUGUAAUAAUAAAUUUACCAGAUAUAUCAAAAAAACUUGAUUUGCAAAAUUUACAACGACAAAAAACAAUGACAACAACGACACUAACUUCUCCAGUAUCUUCCUCUUUUACAACAACCUCUUCCUCUUUAUCAUCAACUACUACCGCAACGCCACCGUCUUCUUAUGAUGAACCUUUUAAUAUUAAAAAUUAUAUUAUUAAUAAAUUAGAAACUGAAGACUUUGGAAUUUGA